AUGUACAGCUGUGAUAUUGAACCAGCGGCAAGCUGACAUAAUGUCAUCAUCUUGACCCAGCAAGUGUUCCUGAAAAAAACUUGUGGAGGCCGACCAUUCCUAGGAAGAUUCACGACUGUUCCAAGUGUUCUCUAUUUGGAGAUAAUGCCUCUCGCUGUAGUUUGGUGGAGUCCCAGAGCCUUAGAAAUAGCUUUGCAGUGUUCUAGUCGAAAUCCUCCCGUGAACCCAAUACAGAUGCUGUUGCAGGACCUGAAAUAGGCUAAUAAUGACCAAAUCAGUCACCAGUUUUCUUCAUUUUUCUUUCAGGCCCCAGAGGGUUGAAUUAAAUAUUUGAUCCCAUAGAGAUACAAUAGUGAGUACAAAGUAUAAUUAAUAAUAAUGAGUGAGAGUUCACCUGGAGUGAAAAGUCACAAAACUGCACAUAUUACUCCCUAUAUGACUAUAUUUUCUCGUUUCUCUAUAAUUUCUCGUUCUGUGAAGCACUUUGUAAACCAUCCUAAAAAUGAAUAAUAAUAAUUUGUCGUUUAGCUGAUGCUGUAAUCCAAAGCAACGUACACUUGAUUAGACUAAGCUGGGGACAACCUCCCCGGAGCAAUGCGAGGGCCUUGUUCAAAGCUAAGGUGAUGCCAGGUGGUUGCUAGGGUGUUGCUAGGGUGUUGCUAAGGUGUUGCUAUGGUCUUUCUAUGUGGUUGUAAAGGUAUUACAUUGUUUGCAAUGUGGUUGUUAGGGUCUUGCUAUGUGUUUGCUUAGGUGGUUGCUAGGGUGUUGCUUAGGUGGUUGCUCUGGUAUUGCUAGAAUGUUGAUAGGGUGUUGCAAGGUGGUUGCCAGGGUGUUUCUAGUUAUAUUCUUCCAUUUGAUGUUUUUUAUCUGUCUUCUUUUCUUCUUCUUCAUCGUUCUUCCUCCUGUCUCCGCUCCGGUCCAGAGUGCGCGGAGGCUGCAGCACGAGCGGGACCUGGUGGUGUCCCUGGCCCACGAGAGCAGCACCCUGCAGGAGAGGAUGGCUAAGGAGCAGGAGGCGCUCGGCCGCCUGGAGGGCGUGCUGGAGCUGGUGGAGCGCUUCGAGGCGGCCGAGUCCGGGGCCGUCGAGGACGACCAGGGGCCGCCGCCUCUCACCCUGCAGGAAUGCGCCAACAUCUUCGAGACGCUGCAGAACGACUAUUACCAGGAGUACAAGUCCCUCGGUCUGGGCGAUCUGGCUGUGGCGGUCGUGCACCCCCUCCUGCGCGAGCAGCUCCGGGGCUGGGACCCUCUGAAGGACAGUACAUACAAACUGGAGGAGGUGGGGCAGUGGCGUGCCAUUUUAGAAUCUAGCCAGCUUCACAACAGCAACCCUGACAGUUCCCACAUGGACCCAUACCACAGGCUGCUUUGGGAGGUCUGGAUCCCGGUAAUGAGGACCGCGGUCUCUCAGUGGCAGCCCAGGAACGUGGGCCCCAUGGUGGACUGUGUGGAGAGCUGGGCCCCCCUGCUGCCUCUCUGGAUCCUGGACAACCUGCAGGAGCAGCUCAUCUUCCCCAGGCUGCAGAGAGAGGUGGAGAACUGGAACCCCCUGACGGACACGGUGCCCAUCCACUCCUGGCUGCACCCCUGGCUGCCGCUGCUGCAGGCCCGGCUGGAGCCACUCUACCCCCCCAUCCGCAGCAAGCUGGCCCACGCCCUGCAGCGCUGGCACCCCAGCGACGGCUCCGCCCGCCUCAUCCUGCAGCCCUGGAAGGAGGUCUUCACCCCCGGGGCCUGGGAGGCCUUCAUGGUCAAGAACAUCGUGCCCAAGCUGGCUCUGUGUCUGGGAGAGCUGGUGGUUAACCCCCAUCAGCAGCACAUGGAUCCUUUCCACUGGGUCAUGGACUGGGAGGGAAUGCUGUCUCUGUCCAGCCUGGUCGGGCUGCUGGACAAGAACUUCUUCCCCAAAUGGCUGCAGGUUCUGUGCUCCUGGCUCAGUAACAGCCCAAACUAUGAGGAGAUCACCAAGUGGUACCUGGGCUGGAAGUCCAUGUUCUCCGACACAGUGCUGGCCCACCCUCUGGUCAAGGAGAAGUUCAACGAGGCGUUGGAUAUCAUGAAUCGUGCAGUGUCCUCUGGCAUCGGUGUGUACCUGCAGCCGGGCGCGAGGGAGAACAUCGCCUACCUGACACACACGGAGCGCCGCAAGGACUUCCAGUACGAGGCCCUGCAGGAGCGCCGGGAGGCGGAGAGCGUGGCCCAGCGCGCCAUCGGAGCUGCGGGCGUGCCCACCAACUUCAAGGACCUGAUCCAGGCCAAGGCCGAGGAGAACAACAUCGUCUUCAUGCCCCUGGUGGCCAAGCGGCACGAGGGCAAGCAACUGUAUACCUUCGGCCGCAUCGUGAUCUACAUCGACCGCGGGGUGGUGUUCGUGCAGGGGGAGAAGACCUGGGUGCCCACGUCGCUACAGAGCCUGAUCGACAUGGCCAAGUGACAUCCACAGACCCCAAACUGCAGUGGACAAAAAUAACACUUGUAUUUUGUUACCCUAUUUUUUUGUUGCCAUAAAGGAUAGGACCGUAAAAAUGUCAAAUGCGACCUCCUGGGAAAUGUAGUUGAAGAGCUGUUCUUGGGUGCUGUGGUCAAAGUGUCCUGUUUGUUUUGCUGAGUGUAUCGGCUUAUUCGUGACUGAGAGCAUACUCCCUCCACCCAACAGAAAUACUCCACCAUCUUAGAGCUGUUCCAUGUUCAGUUUGGCCUGAUCGCAUCUACCAAACGGAUGACAAAUAGAUUCAAGAUUAUCAUUUGUGGAUAAUGAAUAUUUCAUUUCAACAAUUUUAUUUAUAGUGUUCAAACUUUUUCUGAGUAGUUUACAGAAACACUUUUUAUUAUCGGUGACAGCAUGCGGCAGCUGGGAUGGGGAACUCUCAGUUGAGUAAAUAACUAAAAGGCUAGUAAACUUUUAGUCUAAAUUCUGCUGGCAGGUUGGCCUGAUUAAGCCCGGUGGAUUUCCUGAUUCUAUUCUAUUCUAUUGAUCUAUAAUGCAGAACGUUUCUGGAGAAGCAGUGGAAGAGAACAAAUUGCUGGUUAAAGUUAAUGUUUGGUUGUUUUUUGAAUUCGAAUACAUGUUUGAAUAAAAUGAUCUGCUUGUUUUGAUAUGCUUACAUUUGUGAUGUUUAAAAUCUUCAUUAUGAAAAAGUGAUACAACACAAGCGGUAUAUUUUGGAUAUACAGUGCAGUCCGUACUUGGACAGUGGGAAUAUUUCCUAACACACCACAUCAAACCUCUUAAGAGGACAGCAGCAAAAGACUUGAUUCUAAAAACUAAGUCUAAUAAAUAGGCUCGGGUUGGAUUCCUAACUGUUUUGGGGUGAAGCCACACCCCCUCCUGCAAAACUUUUGCAACCUGCCCGUCCAACUUUGUUUAUUUUUAAGGGUGAAUGUCCUAUGUUCUGUAUAUCUUUGACGCCUUCCAAAAGAACACCCACACACAAAACAAACCAUUGACUGCAAUCAUGAAGUGUCUCGCUCUGGCUUUGCUCCUGUGCGCUCAGCUGUCUCUUCUCCAUGGGGCCUGCUACGUAAAACUAAUGAUGCCAGGUGCAACUGAGUGUGAGGACACUGUGGACCAUACCAAGCAUGCCAUUGGCUCCACCUGGAGAAACUCCCGAUGUGAGAGAUGUGACUGCACCGAGUGCUGCGAUUUGCCUAGACCCGUUUCUUUUCCAGAUGACUGCAUGAUGGAGUUGGACAAGGGACAAUGUGAAUACAGGGUGUUCAAGAAGAAUGACCCCACACAGCUAUGCCCAGUUUUUGCCGGAGUUGGGAAGUGAAACUUGUUGUCAAGAAGUAGUAGUAGACUAGAAGUAGUCUAACUGCUACAAUAAAGCUUUCCCUUAUGUAAUAA